UGUGUGACCAUUCAACUGAAAGCUACUGAGCAGUACUUUCAUGUGGUACUGUUUAUUAUGCUGUACAAGGCGGCUGUAACUUUUAAGUCUUUUUGGAUGAAACCUUAGUGUGUGACCAUGCAAAUAAAAGCUAUUGAGCAGCAUUUUCAUGUGGUACUGUUUCUUAUGCGUGUAAUCUUUAGAUUUGUUAAUGAAACCCCAGUCUGUCAGGGACCAAUUACUCAGCAUUUCAUGUUUCACAAAAUUGAAUUUUACUCUUGGGAGAGGAGAUUGUCACGAUAUAAUUGUAAAAUGUCUCCAGCAGGUAUCGGUAUGGUUGCCGUGUUGCUGGUUUUUUUUUUAUUAUUAUUAUUAUUAUUUUUAUGUUGCAUUGUUUUGUUAUUGUUACGAAAAGCCGGUUAUUGCUUUAGAAAGAGCAAAUUAUUUCCAGUGAUGUUUAGUUCUCAUGGAGACAAGAUUACCAUGAACACUCUAAAAUGAUACCCGAGGAAAGGAUACUAAUUAAAUUCAAAGAUUUAAAGAAAAGGACCCGACAGGUCUAUAAUUAUUUAGUUUUUAUAAACCGCUUGUUUUCUUGAAGAAUAUUUAGUUUAAAAAACUUCGUCACUGUAGAGUUCUAAUAACUUCUUUGUCGCUCGCAAAGAAAAAGACAAAGACAAACACACGUGCACGUGGAAAAAUCCAUAUAAUGACAGUUUUAAUUAAAGCGUGCUAGUAUCAGACGCAUGCAAUUAAAUCGUUCCGCUUCAACAGAAACGACUGAGCAGUCGUUAUACAACAGCGCUGUUGAUUCCUCUCAACAGAUUGUCGCGCAUAGAUAAAUAGAGCUGCAAUACCCAUUUUCCAGUCUUGGUUUAAAGAAAGAUGAAUCCUUGGUUAGUUUUUGCUGUGGUGCUUUGCCAAGCUUUUGUCCUCUCUGAAGCUUUGGCGAGCAAUUGCACUGGAGGCUGUUCGUGUUCGGAGCUCGUUGGUGAAAAUGGCAUCCAUGCAAAAUGCACGGUUACUGACUUGAAAGAGCUGUUGAAGUUCAUCCGUCACCCUCUUGAUGUGAAAUCUUUGGAAAUCUUCGCCAGUGGAGUAAACACUAUUGCUGUCGGAUCGUUCAGUAAUUUCACUAAUCUCGUAAAUUUGAGUCUUUCAAACAACAGCAUUCGCGUUAUAACGGAUGGUGCUUUCUCAGAUCUUAUGCAAUUGCAGAGGCUGAACCUGUCUGGGAAUCAGCUAACAAACUGGGAAGGAAAUUCUACGAGCCACCUACCAUCUUUAAUGUACUUAGACUUAUCCGGGAACCCAGAUUUUAAACUUCCAUUACCUUUGCUUAAACUGCGCAUGCUUCAAGAGAUCAAGGGAGUGACCUGGAACGAGCCUUGUGCAAACUGUGUUUUGGUCAAAAACUACACCUUACAAAAUGGCGAUUUUAAAAAUAAAAACAUAAAUAUCGAGACCGCUCAACUUCAGAAAGGAGAAUACCUUGUCGGUGUCAUGGAGGAUUGUCGCCUGAACAAAUUUCAAGCUAGCGAGGAGGUCACUGCGUAUGCAAAACUCGGAUUCUUUCCGCAAUGUUUAGAGACAAGUUCAGCUUGUUACCAGAGCGAGAUUCGAGUCACCCCGAUACACCGUUGCUGGGAUGGGGAUAACAAGAUACUGUACGUGGAGUUUUUAAUUUCACCAAUUUCAAUGAUUCUGAAUCUAACAGUCAUCUUUGUUACACUAACAACGAGAGUCUUGCGCAGAAAUGUCACCAUGUUCCUCACGAGCAAUAUGGCUCUUAGUGACUUCAUGAUCAGUCUGUACACGCUUAUCUUGGUCAGCGCAAGAUUGAGGCCGUACACGGAGUUUCUGUUGAUCAUAGACAACCUCUGCAAUGCCAUAGGCUUCAUGUGGCUCACUGGUCAAAUUGUUAGCAUUAAAACGUCUAUUAUCUUGUCAGUUGAACGCUAUCUAGCCGUCGUCUAUUGCAUGAAGCCUUCGGUGCGAGUGACCCGCAAGAUAGCCGUGGGUCUGGUUGCGCUUACGUGGUGUUUGGGCGUGGCUGUUGCCGUCUUGCCAUUGGCUAAAAUCUCCGUCUACAAUAGUAACACAUACUGCAUUCCUAUUCGCCCGAUUAAAGACAUACCGCACUCGUAUCAGCUGAGCAUCGGGUUAUCUCUUUGGGGUAUCCUGCUGUACAUCAUUACAGUACCUAUGUAUGUGAAGAUUUUUCUUGUUGUCAAGAAAUCGAGUGAAAGAGCUGGCAAUAAGAGAGAUAGCACGUUAGCCCGAAGAAUAGGCACAAUGGUUCUCAGCAACAUGCUGUUUUUCCUGUUUCCAAUAAUUAUUGCAUUUCUAUGGCUAACAACAAAUCUGCGAGUGACAAUGUCACCGCAGAGCAGAGCAACCCUCACCAGCGUUCUUCCAACUUUACUAUUUAGCUUCAACUCACUUAUCAACCCUCUACUGUACGCGUUCAGGUUGGAGAAAUUCCAAAAAGCCCUUAAAUUGAAGAUAGACAAUAUCUGUCUUAGGAAAGGCAGAAGUUCCUCCUUGACUAGUUCAAUUUCCCGUCAAAUGACUCACCAAGUUCAGAGAGGGAAAACUGUUAGCUCCCCUGCUGGUGGAAGUCCUGAUCCAAAUUUGACACAGAUUUGAGUUAACAUAUCAUAAGACUCCAUGCUGUUCAAUUACGGUUUGUUAGAAAGCUUUUCAAGAUAAGCUGCUUUAGCCCAAAGAGAGUGGACAUACUUACAUAUUGAGGAGGGACGGUUGGAGAGUAUGUUUCGUCCUCUCCUCAGUCUUACUCGUUCGUAAGGACCAAGAUGGCCGAUUUACAGCACACUGCAAAGACUGUAAACAUUUUAAAUGACAAAUGAGCAUUUUUUAGAUAGCAUUAUUUUUUAAAAUUCUAAGUUGCAUGUAGUAUGAGCUAAAGAAAAAAGAAAACUUAUGGAAAGCAACCCGAUUCCGUGAAAUGUUCAGCUGCUCCCAUCAGCUCCUCAAAUACGAAGGAGCUUUUCAGAUAAGCCGCUUAAUUGGAAAAUGCUAUUUCAGAACCUACUGUGGAAUCUGACAAAGACUAGUUUCUUGUUACUCUUAAUAUUUUGGCUUUGACUUUGCUUGGUACCCGAUAGUCUUCCUUCGGUCGUCAUGCAAUACUCUCCCGUCUGAUGUGUUGCGUGACGGCAAGGGACUGGAGUACGUAACGCCGGAAGAGUGUUGCGUUACGAUCCAAAUAGGAGCUGUCAGGUAGACCUCUUCCAUUAGCAAUUUGGAGAUUAUUGGGUCUCUGAUUGGCUGAGAAAUUUGAUAAACACUAAGCUAAAACGUUUUAAAAGUCGAAACGACAGAGUAUAGUAAAUAGCAAAAUAUAGAGAACUCGUAUAACUAUUGUAAUUUAUAGUCGCAAGAAUUCCUAUUCUGAUUUUAAACUAUUUUUUAAUAAUAGAAAUUAAUGAAUAUAUUGACAAUUGUUCAUGUAGUUUCUGGUAUUAUUGUUAACUCGGCGAUGUUUUGAACCCAACUGCAACAGUAAAUAGCUAAUGCAUGAGUUCGUUAAGGUGCGAACGAGAGGUGCGAAUUAACCUGAAGCGCGAGCGGGUGUUGAUGGGAACUCUCCACAAAUCACUGCUUAGUCACAGAAUCGUAAGCGCUGCAUCCGGGAACACGUUCUAUUUCCUAUUCCCUCUAGCCCGUACAUUAUUAUAAUGCAUUUAAGGAAAUAAGUUCAGAGUACUCAGCUGACACCUCUAUGUAUUUGAAUUCGCACUCAGACUCUCUGUCCUGAAAAAAGACCGAAAGAAGGACAAGGUGAAAUCCUCUAACUCCUUAUUCCCAGAGCAGAGAACCCGGAGUUGGUAACUGUUAUUUUUUGUGCAGGCUUUUCCUUUCACUAUUAAAACGAAACAGACCUCUUUUGUGGUUAGCCUGUCAACAGGUUUCAUAGGAUGUCAACAAAAAAAUCAAGAACAAAAAGAAAACAAACGAGCGUGUAGGCUCACUCUCCGACUCGACGAAUUUUUUCGCUUAUACCAGUCCGGAAUAUCCCGAUAAAUUAGGACAUCUGUGAUGUCACGAACUCACGUUUCAACCAAUGAGAAUGCGCGUUUUGGUUGGAGUGUUGUGUCUCAAAACAAACCAAGAGAUUCAAGAUGGCGGACAAACAGAGUCGCGAAUACUUUCCAAUGCCAUGAAUGCGGACCUUCAGGAGACAAUUCUGCCCAGAUAACGAUUAUCCUCGGACCGAAGGAAGCACCACAGAACGCAAUGCGAGCCACGUUUGACGAGCUGCUGUUAUCAU